CCGUUUCUCUACUGCUCCCCGUAGCAGUCGCCAGUGCGAGCUUGGAACCGGAUAGGGGGCGGGUCUUCCGGGAUAAGGACGCAGGGGUGAGAAAGGUCAGGUUCAGGAAUUCUAACUCCUUGCCACUCAAGAAAUGUCCUCCCUUUCAGAAUAUGCCUUGCGCAUGUCUCGUCUCAGUGCUCGGCUAUUUGGUGAAGUCGCCAGGCCUACUGAUUCCAAGUCUAUGAAAGUGGUGAAACUGUUCAGUGAACUUCCCUUGGCCAAGAAGAAGGAGACUUAUGACUGGUAUCCAGAUCACCACACUUACUCUGGACUCAUGCGGACACUCCGGCUUCUGGGACUCUACAGAGAUGAGCAUCAGGAUUUUAUGGAUGAGCAAAAACGACUAAAGAACCUUCGUGGAAAGGGGAAACCAAAGAAAGGAGAAGGGAAAAGAGCAGCAAAAAGGAAAUAAUUUUGGUCCCUCAAGAGGGAGAAUUUCUUCCUCAGUGACAGAGAGAAGAAAGUGCAUUUAUUGUCCUUCCACAUAUUGGAGGAAUGUCAUCUUCCUAAAUGAAGGUUAUUUGGAGGAACACAGUCAUAUCCUUCUUGAAUUCUAAUCCAGUUAAAUUGUGGCUGGUUUCUUGAACACAUUCUAACUGUGCAAAAUUACUUUGGCCUUGGCCAUGUAAUGUGAUGUUUACCUAGUUCUCUAAUGAAAUGAAUAAAUAAGUUAUUGUUUGAUGA